AUGGCUGACACACAGUUUGACCCAUCCACUCACCCCCACCGGCGCGUCAACCCGCUUACCGGAGAGCACGUCCUCGUCUCGCCUCAUCGCACGAAGCGGCCGUGGCUGGGACAGACAGAGCCUCCACAGCAGGUUGACCUUCCCCCGUAUGAUCCGAAGUGCUACUUGUGUCCAGGGAACACCCGCGCCGGCGGGCAGCAGAACAAGAAGUACGAGCACACAACGGUCUUCGAGAAUGACUAUGCCGCAGUCCUGCCUCCCCCGGGCCCUGCCGCACCGCCCGCGCCCCACCCUUUGCUCACCACCGAGCCAGUUCAAGGCGGCUGUGACGUGAUAUGUUUCCAUCCCCGCCAUGACUUGACUCUCGCGAGACUACCGCACAAGGACAUCGAACGCAUCAUCGACGAAUGGAGUGCCAUCUACAAGAAGCGCGGCGAACAGGAGGGCAUCGAAUACGUACAGAUAUUUGAGAACAAGGGGGCCAUGAUGGGCUGCUCGAAUCCCCACCCUCACGGCCAGGUCUGGUCCCUCUCCGCAGUGCCUACCUUACCCGCAACGGAAAUUUCGAACUUGAAGAAAUACGCCUCCGCUACGCCUGCUUCCGACGCGCCGCGCGGACCCCUUGGCCGUGCAUGUCUUCUCUGCGACUAUGUGCACUUCGAAGUAAGUGUCGCCAAGGCCGAAGGGCGUGUCGUUGUACAGAACGAGCACUGGGUCGCUCUCGUGCCUUGGUGGGCGAUCUGGCCGUUCGAGAUUAUGUUGCUUCCCUACAAGCGGCAUGUCCCUUCGAUUGUGCACCUUACCACGGAUGAGAAGGCCGCGUUCGCAGACAUCCUGUCGCAGGUUACCGUCCGCUACGACAACCUCUUCUCGUGCUCUUUCGCCUACUCCAUGGGCAUUCACCAGCGGCCCACUCCGCCCCACUCCGACGCUAUCCCCGAAGACCAGGACGAAGAGAAUGUGACACAUUUGCACUUACACUUCGCACCGCCGCUGUUGCGCAGCGCCUCCGUCCGCAAGUUCUUGGUUGGAUUCGAACUUAUGGCCGAGCCCCAGCGCGAUCUCACCCCAGAGCAAGCAGCCCAACGUUUGCGCGACUCGUCGGACGUGCACUAUCUCGGUAUUUCAGACAUGGUAGACAGCGCCUCAGCGACAGAAGGAGUAGAUCCAACAAACAGUUGA